GUUGUUAGAGAGCCGAGCGACUGUGAAGACGUACGUGUGUGCUCAUACAGUGCUCUCAAGAAUUUAUUUUUGGAAAAUUCUAGAACAAUCAACAAAUUAAACAAUACUUAAUUACUUAGAAGAGUUACAAAAAUCAUAUAAAUUUAUGUGCGCGUGUGUGUGUGCACAUCUACAAUAAAAAGAGAAAAGUGUACAAAUACAAAGCGAAAAAGUAACGGAAAGUUCGUAAACGACAUUCUUUGCUCUCUCUCUCUCUCAAUUUGUCGCUCUUUUGUGGUCGCGGCCGAGCGCAGCAGCAAACAACAGUACAGCAUAGCAGCGAGCGCGCAAGCGAGAAGGCGAACCAACGUCGUUGUCGCUCGCUCGCUCACUCACUGAGAGAGCUAGCCGAGAAAACAAACGAAACAGACACACACAGACAGCCAAGCAGAGCAGCCAAAGCAGCAGUAGAGCUUUUGAGUGCAGACCGCGCUCGCAACCACAAUCGAAAGAGUAGCAAAGCGCACACAUACAACAAAAUCGAGACGCGACCUACUCUAAAAAAAAAAAAAAAAAAAAAUACGAAAAAGGCUCCUUGGUCGAGAUUUCCAAUAUAAAAAACCUAAUUAAGGACUAUUAAGAGACUGUAAUAAAGGAACAACAACAACAACAAAUAAAAAACAAGCUAAAUUUAUAACAAAGGAGAAAGAACGGAAGACUAGAAAUAAUAAUAAUAAUUAAUAUAAAAACAAACAAACCAACAACAACAAAACACAAAUCAAAAACCUUAUUUAAAUACAAAACAUAUAAAGAGCAAAGUAUUUGGUUUUGGUCAUCACAACAAAAAUCACUUUAAGCCUUAUAAAAAAAAAAACAAACAAACAAAAAAAAUAUUAGCAUAAGAAAUUGCAAGCGUUCAGCAAAGGAGCAACAAAAUAACAAAAACUACAACAAGAAGGCAAUGCUGUUGUUGUAAGUGAGAAACCAAAUCACACACAUUCGCUCGCAAGUGAACUAAAUCAAAGAAGAAGAAAAGAAGGAAUACGAAGAAACUAUUGCUAACUCUGUCUACGUCAAGAACACCACAAUCAAAGCAGGAAGUUGCUAGGCGGCAAAGCAGGAAGGAAGACAGAAAAGAAAAUCAGCAGGGCAGCACUGUCAAAUCAGCUGUGCGUGUGAGUGUGUGUGUAGAGUGUUAUUGUGUUGUGCUCUUUUAGCGCACACAAACGCUGCAGUAGUCGCUGCGCCAGCGUCGACGCCGGCAGCCAUGAGCAACAGUGACGCAAACGCAUAAACUGCAAGCAGAGAGCAUUAAGAAAAAGGCAAGCGAAAAAAAAGAAGGAAAGAUAAAAGGAAGACAACAAGCAGAAUCGAAAGGAGCCAAGUAAAAGGCGAGACAACGAAGAAGGAAGGCGAAGAAGAAGACAGGCGAGUGAGAGAGAGCAACCUGAUGCAAAACGAUAUGGUCAGCAUCCCAUCGGCCAAUAUGAAUGGCGGUCUCAAGGCAGCCAACAACAGCAGCGGCAACGUUGUCGGCGUCGGCGUCGCCGGCACAGUGUUGACUAACGCACAACGUGUUUAUCUGACACCCGCAUCCAGCUAUCAUCUCGCAGCGGCCGCACGGCAAACAGCAGCUGGCGUCGGCGUCGCUGCUGCGGCUGGCAGUAAAGUAGGAAAUACGGCCGCAACGGGAAUUGCAGGCAAUGCGGUGGCUGCAAAUCCAAAUGCGGUGGCGGCAGCAGCAUCGACAAGCGGCGCUGCUGGAACCGUGCGUUAUUUUUCGCAAUUUAGCAAACUGCAGCCGGUGCAGCCAGUGUUGAAUGCCAGUGUUGUGCAACGCAAGCUGAUCAAUCCCGAGGCGAUGGUGUUGGUAAAUGGCAACAAACCGUUGAUAUUUGCUACUACACCAGCAGCAGCAGCCAAUAACAACAACAAUAAUAGCAAUAAUAACAACAUCAACAAUGGCAAGUUGCUCACUGCAGCAGCAGCAACAACAACAACGACAUCAGCGGCGGCAACAACAACAGUUCCUAAUGGCAGCAGACUGGUGCUCAAUAAGCAGCAACAACUAUUGCUGCUGCAGCAGCAACAACAACAACAGCAGCAGCAAUUGCAACUGCAACACCAACAACGACAGCAACAACUGCGACUGCAACUGCAGGAAGAGCAACAGCAAGCGUCUGUGAUGGAACAACAGCAAGUGGAGGAUCUGAUCGAGGAGGAGGAGGAGGAGGACGUGGAAGAAGUGGUGGAGGAUCAGGAACCGGAGCAGCAACAGCCAUUGUCAUUGGUAGUCGGCGGAGCGGCUGGCGGCAAAUCGGUGGCGGAUUCGGAUGCUGAACCUGAGCUGGACAUUGUGAUCAAUAACGUUGUCUGCUCGUUCAGUGUGCGCUGUCACCUCAAGUUGCGCGAGAUCGCAUUGAAAGGCUCCAAUGUGGAGUACAGACGCGAGAAUGGCAUGGUCACCAUGAAGCUGCGUCGUCCCUACACUACAGCUUCAAUUUGGUCCUCGGGCAGGAUUACGUGCACAGGCGCCACAUCUGAGUCGCAGGCCAAGAUUGCGGCUCGUCGCUAUGCUCGCUGCCUGGGCAAACUGGGUUUUCCGACGCACUUCCAGAACUUUCGGAUCGUGAAUGUGCUGGGCACCUGCAGCAUGCCCUGGGCAAUUAAAAUAGUCAAUUUCUCGGAGCGUCAUCGUGACAAUGCCAGCUAUGAGCCCGAGCUGCAUCCCGGCGUCACCUACAAAAUGCGCGAGCCCAAGGCUACGCUCAAAAUCUUCUCCACGGGCAGCAUAACGGUAACAGCCGCCAGCGUGAAUGACGUGGAAUCCGCCAUACAGCACAUUUAUCCGCUGGUGCACGAGUUCCGCAAGCAGCGUUCGCCGGAGGAACUGCAACAUCUGCGGCAGAAGCAGCGUGCCCAGAGCGGUGAGCAGGGCAACAACGAGCUGGAUGACGCCGAUGAUACAGCCAACAACGAUACAGCCAAAGAGGAUUUGUUUGCGAACACAACCGCCGCCCACAACAAUCAUAAUAACCAGAACAACAAUGCACCAAAUGCCACCCGCCCGAUGCCAAUGAAUGCCUCGAUGCGUCGCUUGGAUCAGUACAAGCAGCAGUAUCAACCCAACAACAGCGAACAGACUGCGACUAAAAUAGGCGCCGCCAGUAGCACAACCAGCAACAACAACACCACCACCAGCAGCAGCAGCAGCAGUGGCGACAACAUUUGUGCAAAUGCGCGUCGUCGCGCCACCGAAUGUUGGGCCACCAAAUUGCAAAAUAAACGUCCGCGCUACAAUGAUCCUGGUGCGGCGGCGACAACCUCAAAAACACUCACCAGCAGCAACAGCACCAUAACCAUUGCCAACAACAACAACAGCAAUAGCAGCAACCACUCCAGCACAACAACCACAGCGACAACAGCAACAACAGCGCAUGUUAUUGGUGGCAAUGGUAGUUUCAUUGCCGUCAAUAAGUUGCGCCCAAAGCAACAGCAACAGUUGCCUGUUGGCGUUGUGCUAAAGCAGCAGCCAAAUAAUUUGCGUGCUCGCAUCGCAACAACAACAGCAGCAGCAGCAACAACAUUGGCGACAACAACAGUUGCGAAACGUGACUCGUAUUCACCUACGGAUUUCCAGGUGGAUGAUUUGAUUGAGGAGGAUGACGAUGAGGAUCUGAGUAUGCAUUUUUGAGUGCAGCAGCAAACGAAGCUGGCGCCCAACGUGCGAGCCUAGACACCAGUCACCACAACAGCAAAACACAAACGAAAGUUGCCUAAGCCAAAAUGUUAUGAGAGAAGCAAAGAAACAAAAAACAAAAAAACCAAUUCAAAACAACAAACAAACAAAAACAAACUGUGCUAUUUCAAAACUGUGCUCUUCUAACGCAUUUAACAUAAGCUUAACAUUACGUAAACAGAGUGCACACAAACACAAAACACACCAAUACACUCACACACACACACUACACACACACACAUAGAAGGCAGGCAGCGACAGGAAUUCAAAAUCCAAAUCAAAUAUUUUCUAUACGAUUAACAUGAAAGUAAAACAAACAAGAGCCAAAUAUUUAUGCAUAAGAUUUAUUGUUAAACAAACAAAACAAAACAAGUACUGGAAAUGCAACAACAAAGCAAGUUGAUCAUCAAAUGGUAAAAUGUUACCGUAAACACACACAAACAAACAAACAAAAACACACACAUAUAGACUAACAGCAACAAAUAUCAGCAAUUUGUGAGAGCUUUACGUAUACAGUAAAAAAGGAAAAAAAAACAAAAG